AUGACGGACAUUAACACCCGAAACCAGGAGAGGCCAGAAUACGUGGGGUUUGCCACGCUGCCCAACCAAGUCCACCGGAAGUCGGUGAAGCGCGGGUUCGACUUCACUCUGAUGGUAGCAGGAGAGUCUGGUCUUGGUAAGUCCACUCUGGUUGAAAGCCUCUUCCUGACUGAUCUGUACAGCGAAAGAAAGAUCCUCAAUGCAGAAGAGCGCAUCUCUCAGACCCUCGAGAUCACAAGGAAUGCAGUGGAGAUUGAGGAGAGGGGGGUAAAAGUCAAACUAACCAUAGUGGACACCCCUGGCUUCGGGGAUGCGGUGGACAACACAGACUGUUGGACCCCGAUUGCGCGCUACAUCAAUGAUCAGUUUGAGCAGUACUUCAGAGACGAGAGCGGGCUGAACCGCAAGAACAUCCAGGACAACCGCGUGCACUGCCUGCUCUACUUCAUCUCCCCCUGCGGGCACGGCGCACCCUUAAAGGCCGACUCCGUGGUUCACGACAAGGUCAACAUUGUGCCGGUCAUCGCCAAGGCCGACACACUGACCCCUCGGGAGGUCAAGAAUCUGAAGCAGAGGGUGCGCGACGAAAUCAAGGAAUUCGGGAUCAGUAUUUACCAGUUCCCUGAUUGCGAUUCCGAUGAAGAUGAGGAAUUUAAACAGCAAGACACAGCUCUGAAGAACAGCUUUCCCUUUGCAGUGAUUGGCAGCAACACAGUGAUCAGGGAGAAUGUUGAGCGACCAAUGAGAGGCCGGGUUUACCCGUGGGGCGUGGUCGAGGUUGAUAACCCCUCACACUGUGACUUUGUAAAGCUCAGGAACAUGUUGAUUCAGACUCACAUGCAGGAUUUGAAGGACAUCACGCAAGAGGUCCACUACGAGAACUACAGAGCAGAGUGCAUUCAAAGUCUGAGCCACAGUGGAGCCAAGGAGAGAGUCAGCCGCAAUAAGAUCUCCAGGCAGAGCAUCACAGAGCUGUCACUUGUUCCACUGGCGGAAACAGAGAAACUCAUCAGAGAGAAGGAUGAGGAGCUUCGUCGCAUGCAGGAGAUGCUGCAGAAAAUGCAACAGCAGAUGCAACAGAGUCAAGGAGAACAAUCGGAUACACUGUGAGAGAGGAGAGGAGAGGGGAGCAGAGGAGAGGAGAAGAGAGGAGAGAGAAGACGUUCAAGUUGGAGGGGAAGGGAGAGGAGAGGGGAGAAGAGGUUCAAAUUUUAGGGGAAGGGAGAGGGGAGGGGAGAGAGAGCAAAGUGCGAAAGAUCUCGACAACUUCAUAAAUUAUAACAAAACAUAUGAAAUGCGGCUUAAGAGAGAAAUAUAUACAUUGUAGACUUUUCCUUUUCCUGUCUAUCUCUGCUGAUGUCAAGGUUUUAAUAAAGUUGUUGCAUUUGAAAAUGA